AUGACAUUUUUCAACUGCAAAAAUAAGAUUUCUAAUAACAACCUUUCCAUUUGCAGAUGUAUUUAUUAUUGCUAAAUUGCCACUAGAUUAUCCCGUAAUGAAUACUUUUUUAGAUUACACUUAAUAUGCUUUCGUAUCACAAAAUUCAGAUGUAUACGGAUAAGUAGUUGGACUGGUGAAAGUGAUUGUUGCAAAUAAAGCAUUAUUAAAUUUGACUUAAAUAACUUCAUUGUUCCAUGUUCCCAUAAAAAAGAGAUCAAACCAUACAACAAAUUGUACUUUAGGAUAGCUAUAAGAUAAACUACGAAACAUUUAUUUAUUGAUUGAAUCUAAGUAAUUCAUUGCAAACCCCUCAUUUAAGCAGUUGUAAUAAUUAGGUGAUGUUUACUAACUCCAUCCAUCUAGAUUACAACCAGCAGAUCCACAACUCGAUGUUUUAGCAUAUAGACUAGAAUGAAGGACUAAAAGUUCACAUUAUGCAUUUAGU